UUUGGGUUGCAUAUUACGAAAUGAUAUAGAGAUUAACAGGACAGUAUUUUCGAGUUCGUAGUAAGCAAUGUUGAACCAUGCCUCGAUAAUAAUUUAUUGUUUGCACAUGGCCAGUAUAGAUACAGAGACUUCUUGUUUUUUUCUUUCCGAGGCUUUCUCUUAUAGAAACGAGAACUUUAUAAAUAGAUCAUAAUCUUAAAGAUAAUUUAGUGCGGAGACGGAGGACAUGAUUAGAGCUGGAGACCACGGAACGUUUGUUUUAUGGUGGUCCUGAUCGAGUACAGUAGUAUUGACCAUUUCUAAAUGAUUAGUUAACUUUUAACAUAAUUUCACGCCGACUUGUUAUUGUAGCACAACAAGCCUUAAACGUCGCCUGCGAUCUGAAGUCUAAAGAGUCUCGGAGAGACUGGGAAACAGUCUUCAAUACCAGUGUUGUGACUCCAGUGUUGACAAACCUUGAAGAGAAGAUUCAACGUUGUUUGCAGAUGUUGGUCGGCGACAAGCGACUUGGUAAUAACCCCCUGAUGCGCCAGCUUUACGAGGUUGAUGUCCCUACCGAGGCCCUGACUGACCGUGUUCCUCCCACCUGCCCCGCCCUGUGGAGGUACCGGACUCAGGUCACACUGGAUCACUUCUCGCACACUUUUCAACAGGAGGUGUCGUCGACCGAUUCUGAGAGCAACAAAGUGCUGGCAGAGUUUUUACGUAAGGAACACGAACUCCGCGCCCUCCGUUUCCUGCCAGACAUCGUAAAGCUACAGCGCCUUCUCAUGGACAAAUUCCACCGUCGAAUUGACAGAGCUGAAGCAGAGCAAAUCAAAAUACGAGAUUUUCUUCGAAUGAUCCCGUCUAAAACAGAGAGAGAAGAACUUACGUCACUGAUUGCCAGCUUUAACCUGGCAUGGAACCAUGUGCGGCUAAGUCUUGACCAGCAAGGGCGUCUUCGUCCCCCAGCGGACUUGUGUGAGAAGACCAUGGAUAACAUGCGUCCUCUGGCUGUACUCCUGCCCAAUACCUCAGGGAUGGGUAUCUGUUCCACAGCCCUGGUAUUUUUCCUUACCACAGUACACAACGAGUUCAACGAACGAUACCAGAACUUGAUUGGCGGGCAGGGGAGAGACCUGACUCACAUACAGUUGCAAGACGUGACAAGCUCAAAUCUGAUCUCAUACCACACUGAGAGAGAUCUGUUACCCCUCAUCUUGGCUCAGUGUAACUACUCUCUAGAGGUGGGUCGAGGAACUUUGGUGCAAUACAACUGGGAAGCCCUGGAAAGACAACUGAUUGACAGGUUUAUAAGGGGAAGACCGCUGGUUGAUUUCAAGGAUGAGAGGUUUGCAUUUAGCAAAGACAUCCAGUUGGACUCUGUAUUCGCUUCAGUAAAAGCCAAGGUUCAUCCACAGGUUCCGUUGAGUUCAGCAGUAAGUCAUCAAAUUCUGGGCGAGUUUCGUUCACUAGCAGACAUUUGUGACGUGUUGUCGUCUCUGGACAUUGCCAUUGGUUUCCUGUCCUCCACUGGUGGAUCACCUGACAUGCCCCUUAAUCACUAUCUGCAACACGUACUGCGCAUGCCUCAUCAAAACGGUCUUCGCAGUCUCAAGGCCCAGCAGUGCUGCCAGUUGCGUCACGUGAUCUCUCUCUGGAGACUGCUGACCCUAGAGAGAGCUAGAAUGUUAAUGAAACGAGGCGAGGUAAGGAACAUUGGACCUUUUUAUCCCUAA